AUGGUAUCUACCCACAGUAAACGUUGCACAUUAUCGAUUGAACAAAAGUUGGGAAUCUUGGAUGCACUCAAGUCGAAAAGGCCAGACGAUGUGGCUAAAGAUUUCAACAUCAACUAUUCUACGGUGAAGAAGAUACGACAAAACGAAGAAGAAAUCGGUGGAGCGCUUAUUGCUUGGUUUCAUCAACCAAGGACUGGUGCAGAAAACUGGAUAAAUAAUGUCUUACCCGGAGUGAUCAAAUGCUAUGGUCUGAAUGACGUAUUCAAUGCAGAUGAAACCGGUUUGUUCUACACAGCAGUACCAUCGGGUACUCUAUCCGUCGCCGGCAGUCAUCCUACUGGUAACAAAACGCCAAAAGAUCGAAUAACUGUCCUCUUCUUGUGCAAUUCUACGGGAACCGAAAAGAAGGCCUACGCAAUUGGAAAAUCCAAGCAUUCACGUUGUUUCAAGAAAGCUCAAUCUCCGUUGCCAUACUACAGCAACGCGAACGCUUGGAGAGCCAGUUGGAUUUGGUCGGAUAUUCUGCAAAAAUUCGAUCGCGAAUUUGGUAAUCGAAAAAUCCUGCUUUUCGCCGAUACGCCUCCUGUCAUAAGAUCGAUGAAGCCUUGA